AUGGUCAAGGCGGACGUGCGUCGGGACUAUUAUGCAGACUUGGGUCUCACUCCUAGUGCAGAAACCGAGGAUAUCAAGAAACAGUUCCGCAAACUAGCUCUCAAAUACCACCCGGAUAGGAAUCCUGGUAAGGAAUUGGAGUUCAACUCCAAGUUCCAGGCAAUUCAGGCCGCCAAUGAGAUCCUUAGUGACCCCCAGCAACGGCUGAGAUAUGACACGGAUCGCUUGCGCGCCGGCUACGGCAAAGUCUACGGACCUCCCAGAGCCAACACUGCUCGAAAAGCACCUCCGAACCCCUACGGCUCAUACUCUCCGAAACCCCAGCCGAAACCGACGUUUUCGACUCGCCCGCAGUCUUUCCACCACGGUCCGUCCACCGGCGCCCAGCGCUAUGCUAGCUAUGCACGGGCGGCCCCGAAACAACCUUGGGAGAAGAUGCAAGAUGACGGACAGACGCGAGCCGAUGCAUAUAGGGGAUUUCAGGACAUGAAGGGCAAUACGAUGCCGGGUGGUUGGUCUUCAUUCGACCCCCGCACUGGGCAUAGCGGCGCCGGACCUAGAACCCAUUCCACCCCCAAUGGCCAGACACCCAGGCCCAAGUCUGCCUACGAGUACUUCAAGAAGUCCCCCAAGCCGACAAGCCCUGAACCGACUCGUGCACAGUCGACGAGAAGGAAGCAAGGAUUCGCUCCGCGGGACGCCGGCGGUGACGAACCGAUGGCCGCAAAUACGUCCGCGUAUACGAACGUUCCCCGGGCGGAUCGAUCGCAAACGCCAAACUCAUUCUACACUCCAGCUCCCUCACCGACGGCUCGAAAAUCCGCUGCACCUUCUCGGGCCGAAUAUUCGAGUACCCCUGAUUUUGAACGAGCGAGCAGCAGAUAUGCCACUGCCGGUGGGGAGCGAACUUUCUUUUCAAGCGCUGGACUCGGACGUUCGGCCAGCAUGCGCGAUUCUACCUCGAGUCCUCAACCCCGCCCGAGGACUAACCCACCCAGCCCGACUCCUCCUGAGUCUGGCAGACAUCGGAGUGCCAGUCCAAAGUUGAAGAGGGACAAUAACCGGAAUUAUUCUUCCACGAGCUCAAGUGAUACGGAUGAUGAUGACCUUUCGGCGCGCAAGCCCAAGGCGGUCCCUAAGAGCAGGCUUCGCGCCCAUAGGAAGUUCAACGACUUCCAUACUGAACACAAUCGGAACACUGGAAAUGGCCCAGACUCCGAGAAUAGUGGCUCAACCAAGAACGUAUUCGAUACAUCUGCAUUCUUCGGAGAAGGAAGCCCUCUAAAAGCUUCUGGCUCCCCCAAGGCGGAAGCGAACACCCCGAACAGGAACUUCAAGAGCAGCAGUCAUGAGCAAUUACGGCAACCCUUCGCUGCAAGGAGCUGGGAACACACGGAUUUCUUCGGUACCACGCAGUCGGAUAAAGAAUCGCAGGACAAACGUGCGCGAGGGCGCAGUGCGGAUGGAGACAUCUUUGACCGGACAGAGCGUCCUGCAGGUGCUGCAAAUCUCAAUCCUGCCCGCUCAGAGUCGGAAUCGUCCCAAAAGCCAACACCUUUUGCUCAGGCGAAGUUUUCUGCCGAUGCCUGGAUCGAGGAGCUGCAAAAAGCCAACAUAUCGUGGAACAUUCCUACCAACGACACUUCCAAACAAAAACAGACCGCUGCUUCCCAACGUCAGAAAAGUCCCCGAAAGCAAACCAAGCCUGCAGCUAAACCUCGAUCCAUCCCGCAACAAGCCAGUGUGUCGACCGAAGCCGAAGAAGCGCAGACGACCCUGAAUGGAGGGAACGGUCAGGAAUCUGCCAAGACGGGAGGCGUUGAUGCGGAAGCUAUGGAUGUUGACGCUGUCCCGCCUGCCAAGGCCACUGGACAAAGUGUAGAGCCGGAAAAGGCUGGUACUGAGCAGAAAGAGAUGCUACCUCCGAAAUUGAAGCCGUCUUCAAGGAGGCGAGAGAAAAGGCAGACCUCGAAGUCUUUUGACUUGAAAAACCUUGGCAGCACGAUUCCAUUCGUGCAGAACAACAAUGGCGGCAUUGAUGACCUGCAGGACAUUCAUGCCACACUUCCAUUUGAGUCCCGCCCGAAGGCUUCCCGGACGACGAUACGUGAUGUCCGUCCCCGUCAAUUGGCCUUGCCGAACCCGCCGAAACGGCCCAACCCACCGGAGCGGGUUCCCAUCAGUGCGGGAUCUAAGCAACUUGGGAUUCCUCGGGUUGCGUGGGAGCGCUACGUCGCGGCAAUGAACACCUACAUGCGUGAAUGGAACGCUUUUAGUCGCCGUAUAUUACGCCACGUCAAUGCGCGCCAGGAAACCAUCGAGACGGGCAUGGCUCCGAACUGGGUCAACGCCGUCGGAGACUCGACACGUUUGAAGAUCGACUCUCUGGACCAAGACGAAGGGGAUGACAAGGGACUCAAUGGAGACGAGAAUGACGAUAGUCUGGCGGCCGGCAGUGGUAAAGCCGGGUUCAGCGCCUAUCUGCGUGCAUUCGAUGAAGACACUGUGGUCAUGAAGCACUGGGAAGUCGCGCGGGAACUGCACCGGGAAUGCAUCGUGAAACUGGGAGACACGCGGCAAUGGAUUCUGGACGGCGGAAAGUUGAUAUAG